AUGGGAAAUAAACGGAAUAAAAAGAGAAAAGCGGUUAGAACUCCGCCAUCAAAAAUCAAGAAGAUGGCCAAACGUGGCCGAUACUGUGAUGAAAAUCCUGGCCCUUCCGGGAUGAAAAUUGGCACCAAUACGGAGAAAAUUCGACAAUGUCCACCUCCAAUGAAAAACGUCAAUGAAGAAAAUGGCUAUUCCCAUUACAUAAUCCUUGAAUGUCUUAGUGAUGAAUGUGAGUGGAAAUAUUGCUUUAAUACAUCGAAGAAGCAAGGUCACUCCCAUGAAAUAAAUGUUAGAGCAGUGUUGGCAUUUCGUGAAAUUGGUCGUGGACACUCCGCCAUGCUUACAUUCAACAAGGUGAUGAACAUGCCAGCUCCUCUAAGUCGCCAAAACUUCACCAAUAUUCAAAAUAAGAAACUAUUGCCUGUUGUGAAACAGUUGGCCAAUGACAGUAUGUUGUCUUGUGCAAUGAAAAUGAAAGAAGGACUUGACAAUGAGAAUGGAGAAUGUGGCAUCUCACUUGAUGGGACAUGGCAAAAGAGAGGGCAUACCUCCCAUAACGGUGUUGUCACUGCUAUAUCGCUGGACACUAAGAAAUGUCUGGAUAUAGAAGUUCUUUCAGACAAAUGCCAGCAGUGCUUGAAGUGGCAAAAGAAAGAGCAUGAUGUGAGAUACAAUGAAUGGAAGGCUUCCCACAUCUGCAAAAUAAACCAUAAAGGAAGUUCUAAUAGCAUGGAGACUUGUGGAGCUAUCAGAAUUUUUGAGCGGUCCAUGGCUACCAGAGGAUUGAGAUAUAAGAAUAUGUUGGGCGAUGGUGACUCAUCAACAUAUAGUGCUAUAGUUGAAAGAGAACCAUAUGGAAAAGAUUGCAUUCCAAAAAAACUGGAAUGCAUUGGACAUGUGCAAAAGAGAGUGGGGAGUCGCCUUCGGAGGUUGAAGAGUUCACAUAAAGGAGUGAAACUGGGGGAUGGUAAAGGUGUGAGUGGAAAGGGCAGAUUGACUGAUGCUAAAAUUGACCUUCUGCAAAAUUACUAUGGAUUGGCAGUGAGAGAGAACCUGCAUGACAUAGAUAAAAUGGCUAAAGCAAUCAAGGCAUCCCUUUAUCAUGUGGCAUCAAGUGAUGAUAACCCUCAACAUGAACUUUGCCCCGACACUGAAGACAGUUGGUGUGGAUACAAGAAAGACCCUACAACAUACCAUCAUAAGAAUGGUAUACCAAAAAGUAUUGUUGAGCUCAUUGAACCCAUUUAUGAAAGUCUAAGUGAUAAAAGCUUGUUGCAAAAGUGUACACAUGGUUUGACACAGAAUGUGAAUGAGUGUCUGAACGGGCUAAUUUGGGAAAGAUGCCCAAAGUCCACAUAUGUGGAACAGGAAACUGUAGCACUUUCAAGUUACUUAGCUGUGCUUAAAUUCAAUGAAGGAGAUAUAUUAUUCCUCAAAUUAUUUAGUGACUUAGACAUACUACCUGGCUUGUUUACUACAAAUGGUGCAUUGCAUUGUGAUACCGAUCGUAUCAAAUUAUCCUCCAAGAAGAGCACAGAGAAGGUAAAAAAAAGAAGAAAAACACUCAGGCAUAUGAGAAAGAACUUUGUAGAUAGUAGUGAACAGAAUGAAGGAAAAACUUAUGAAGCUGGUGCCUUCUAGUCUCAGUAAGAUCAUUAUAAAACUUUAAAUGCUAAUUUCUC